AUGCGAAAGUUGGAAUGGGACGACAUGGGAGUGAAGGUUGAUGGUCGGCAGCUGCACCAUUUGCGCUUUGGUGAUGACGUCGUACUGAUAACACCUAGCAUCAGCCAAGCGGAACGAAUGCUGACCGAAUUCGACGAAACAUGUGCAUGCAUCGGUCUUCAGCUGAACCUCCAAAAGACGAUGUUCAUUGGACAUUGGAGGCAACGGAUGGGCAACGGAUGGGUCUCGGAUGCCCCACUCAGGCUCAACGGAACGAACAUGUCCGAAUGCACCAGCUACGUUUGUCUGGGUCGGGAACUGAAAAUGAUGAACGACCUGACCCCCGAGCUGGGCAGAAGGAGACGAGCGGCUUGGGGAGCGUAUAAGAGCAACGAGGAUGUAGUGAAGAAGACCAGGAACAUCCGGCUCCAUUCUCGCCUCUUCAACACCGUACUUCCUGCUUUGACCUAUGUUUCGGAAACCUGGGCGUUUCGCAAGCAGGAAGAAAAUGCGGCAAACCAUACCCAAGGAAGUACCCCUUACGACUCGUCAAGAAAACCACCUUGGACACAGAACUUGGAAAGCAGCUGCUUACACCGCAGUCUUUCUGAGGGGGUGCUACGACAACCGCGGUCCGAAGAGGAAUCGAGUCCGCAAGCGUCAUGUGUGUCGGCCGAUGGAAAUUGGUUAAGUCAUUUGAAAGUUGCAUCAAACCUACGCCCAUUUCCCCCAUAUUUGUCUGCAUCUCUAGUGGCGUUCCCCUACCUCCGAAUUGUGUCAAUGUAA